CUUCAUCAUUUUGUUGUGUGUUGAGAAUGGGGAUAAUGAAAAAGCACAUGCCCCUUACUGCAAUGGUGGUUUGCCAGCUCAUAUUCACGGCCAUGUUUCUCCUCUCGAAAGCGGCCAUUUCCUCCGGGAUGAAGCCCUCCAUCUUUGUCGCCUAUCGACAGGCUGUCGCCACUCUCUUCUUGGCUCCUUUCGCCUACUUCUCUCAUAGGAAGACGUCUCCUCGACUUACACUCCCUUUGCUUUGCAAGAUUUUCAUUGUUUCCUCUUGUGGGAUGGGGCUAUCGCUGAAUCUACAAUACGCCGGGUUGAAGUACGUCUCCCCCACUUUCACUACAGUUGCCAACAAUACAGUUCCUGGAAUGGUCUUCAUCAUUGCUCUCUGCUUAAGAAUGGAGAGAGUGUCGAUGAGUGAGAAACAAGGGCUGGCCAAACUGAUGGGAUCCAUUCUGUGCCUAUCGGGAGCUAUGAUUUUCACUCUCUACAAAGGCCCUGAAUUGUACACACCAAAUGCAAAUGCAAAUGCAAAUUCACAUUCAAAUGCAUAUGCAAAUGAAGAUCCCUCAUUCUCACUUUCAUACACUAAACAACAGUCCAUUAUAGGCUCUGUCCUGGUGCUUUGUGCUUUCUUCAUUUGGGCAGUUUGGCUCAUCAUUCAGACUCCGAUUUUGAAAGAAUAUCCGGCCGCCCUGCGCCUGACCACUCUGCAAUGCGGCUUCAGCUGCGUCACCUCCGCCGCCUACGCCGCCGCCGUGGAGAGGCACGCGCCGUCGUGGAAGCUCGCCUGGAACCUCAAUCUGUUCACCCUCAUCUACUGUGGAAUUCUUGUGACGGGAGUGACGUAUUCAUUACAAGUGUGGGUGGUGGAGACGCGUGGCCCUGUCUUUACAGCCAUCUUCAGCCCUCUCUCACUCAUCUUGACUGCCAUUUUCUCUGCCCUCAUCUUCCAUGAAUCUCUUCACUGGGGAAGUGUAUUGGGAGGUAUGCUGUUGGUUUGUGGGCUGUACGGUUUCCUUUGGGGGAAAUACAGAGAGGGACAAACUGAGGUGGCACCAUCGACGGAUGGGGUUCGUUUGGAGUCCGUCGUGGUUACAUCUCAGCCGUCGGAUCAUAUUCUCCACCAGAAGAACGCUUCCAGGGCUUGAUGGGCUUAAUAAUAAUAAGUUAUUCUUUAAUUAAAAUUUGUAGUGGUGAGUUGGCCUAUGUAAACCAGACCAAUUUGGGCCGAAUCUGCCUUGGCAUGGAUUGAAAAUUUAUUGGGCCAGGCCGAUA